CAUUUCAUUUCCUUUGGACCACUGGCGCUCGCCUUGCUCUUCUUCUUCCCUUUACUCUCCCUUACCAGACAUCUUGUGGGGCCAAACACCAUCUUCUCCUGGGCUAGAUCUGGGGGGAGAAGGCCCAGGGAGACAAGGGAGAGAAGGAAUCGACCAUGUCCUCGUCGCAGACGACGAACCGGCCUGCAGCCAGUCAUGGGCCAACACAAGAGAGCGGCGGAGUGGGUGGGCAACCCCCACCGCUGCCGCCGCCUCCUCGUUCAAGGGUGCCACUAGGAGUCAAGAAUGUCCUGGGAGCGCAGCAUAGCAGCGGCGGAGGCGGCGGGUCCAUCAAGCCCGAUAAUUCGUCUUCGUACAAGCAUUCGCCUACCUACCAUCACUCUCGCGCCACCCCAGUCGCUCCCCCGCCUGCCGCUGCGAGGACCUCCUCGCUUGUUCCUACAUCAAUUGCAUCAAACGCAGCGUCAACGGGAGCGAAGCACUCCUCAUAUCAUCCCUCACCCCUUUCCGCGGCACACCGGUCCCCCUUUGUCGCAGCCACAGCAGCACCAGUAGCAGCAGCGGUGGUGGUCAAUGAAGAAAACACCAUCUCAACGCCAAAAAAGCGACGCGUGCCCUUGGAGGACGUUCACUGCCGCAACGUCGUGCAAGAAGACAAGGAUGAGGUGGUGGAGAGCCCCAAGAAGAGGAGCAGGUCGAGCAACGAAGGAAACAGCAGCGCAGAGGAGCCCCAUACGAGCACCAGUCUUGGCAUCUCGCAGGGGAUCAGCGACCUGCAGGUUCAAGCUCCUCCUGCCAAGUUUUCCACGCAGCGCUCUGUCCCACCGCCCUCCGUCACCCAUCUGCCGCUAAACACUGACCGCGAACGAGAGUCAAAGAGCAGACAGCCUACAAGCAGAGUGACAGCGCAGCUUUCUCAGCAUCUUUCGCAGCAGCACAUGCGCCAGACAACGGUGCGCAUCGACAAACAGUCACGCAUCACCGAGGCCGAAAGGAGCCACCUGGAGCGCCAGAAGCGCGAGAGGACGGCCGAAUGGAGGCGCAAGUUCAUCAAGGCCUUUCCCAGCUUUCGCUUCUACCUCGACGGAUUCGACGACACCACCAGACAGGAGGUGAUGCGCUGCAUCGAGAUGCUUGACGGGACGAUCGAGCCUUUCUUUUCAAACAAGGUCACUCACCUUGUCACGACCCGCAAGAUCCCCAUUGGCACACUUCCCUCUGAGCCAUCGAGGUCUUCUACGGCUUCGGCUUCGGCUGCGACGACCAUUCCUCAUUCCUCAAAAGUCAGUCGCGCCUCCAAUGUCAUCAGUCGAUCAACGGGAAAGCAGAUCACUGUUGCCCAGACGACGACGACGGCCGCUGCGGCGACGCAGGCCAGCACGUACAACGCUUCUACCAAAUCCGUAAGCGCUAGCCGCCUCCCCUCGCUGCGCCGCAAGAACAUCAGUGUCCCUCUGCAUUCGGAUAGGAAUCCUUUUGAGGAGUGCGGACCGCCCGUGUCGUCAAAUGACAUCCUCGUGAAGGCCAAGAACUUCAACAUCAAGGUGUGGACCCAGGACAAGUUUCGUCAGAUCAUCAGCGGACUCUUGGGCGAUGAGCUCGACUCUACUGCGCUUAAGCGUCUCGACCUAUCGCAAAUGCUCGAGAAGGAAAAACUCCAGGGAACGCUUGACCGUGACCCCACGGCGGCACGACCCGACUACCACUACUUUGCCAAGAACGCAAUCUUCCUCAUGGUCGAGGACGCCACCGCAGAGCAUCGCCCUAUCAUGAUCCAGGAAUUUCCAAGGCCCGUAUCUGAGGAUCAUGAGUCUCCUUGGCCGGUUCUGUACGGGCAGCUAGAAGGCAGGUGCCCCUUUACGAGGUUCGACUUAGACAAGGAUUACCAAAGGAAGAUGCGCCCAAAUCGCCACGAGACGCUCCGACGUUCUGUCUCGCUCAAUCACCUAUACAGCAAUCGAGGCGACCGCACCAGCGUUUCGCCAGCCCCCAGUGGUGACGGUCGGGCCUACAGUGUCCAUCGUGGCGCUUCUCCGUACCCAAUGGCGUCGGGCAAUAGCGUCUCCAUCACCUCUAACAUUGCCAGCACGACCUCGACGGCCGUAGGUGGACCACCUAUGACCUAUGGAAAGCAAGUUGCUCAGAUGGGCCGCAAGAUGUAUCAACCGACUGGAAUCGGUCUCGGAAGGCCAUUAUCCUCAUCAGUCGCACAGUCGCCUCGAAGCCCAGUGAGCUUUGCCGAUGCUGCACGCGGCGGGGACAAUGCCGGUGGACUUCUGUCUGCGGAGCAGGCUCGUGGAACCCUCGUACGUCGCAUGCUCGGCAUGUCGGAGCAUCAGAACCGUCUGUCGGGUAUCCGAAGGAGCGUCAGCACCGCCAGUGCCGGCCGUGAGCUGCGUCGGGAGAAGAGACCGGGCUACUGCGAAAACUGUCGCACAAAGUAUGACGACUUUGACGAGCACGUUACCGCACGUCGUCACCGCCGCUUUGCGCUUGAUGAUGCCAACUUUGUCGGAAUCGACGAGCUCCUCGGUCGUGUCAGGCGUCCGUUGGCUCCAUGGGCCGAAAGCGUCAUUGCCGCAGAGGAGGAGGCCAGCAGCGGUCAUGCAGAAGACGACGCGAGCCUUUCGCUCAGUUCCGGCACCCACGACAACGAGGCCGCUGCUGUGAGAGAAGAAGAGGAGCGCAUCAUGUUGGGCUGGCAGUCGGUCCUUGCGCCUCACCUUGACCCCAAACCCCCUUCGCCCACAACGGUCCAGCUUCAUCACCUUGACGAAGCUCGCUGGGCAGGCUACAGCGGCGGGAAUGACUUGCACCGCUGUCUUCAAGCACAGGACCAGCAACAGCAAGAGUUCCAAUCUGCUGGAGUCCCCUACAGUGCAGCGACCGAGUAUCUCUCGUCCACCGCCACGCCCGCCGUUAGCGAAGGAGGCACUGUUGGCGGCGUUGCCCUCACGACGGCAACUACGAUGGCCGACAGCCCUAGCGGCGAUGACCUCGAUGAAGACGAAGAAGAGGAAACGCUUCCACAGGGCCAAGAUCCAAUUACUUAUCAUUUCCAGGAAGAAGAAAAGGGCGACGACCGACACCAGGCACUCGAUUCAGCUCCAGGCAACUACGGACGGGCCUUCUGAAGGACCCAGUCUUCUACAAGUCAAUCAACAACCAUCUCUUGCGAUACCUUUUUCCGUCUUUUACCAUCCUGCAAGCAACCUUUUUCCGACCCAUGUCUCUUUCACAACUCCGGGACCUUUCCACCAUCAUCGAUCAAGCUUCACCCUUACCCAUCCCUCGCAUCGCAUUCUUCUCUUUUCAUCUCU